AUGUCGUUCUUGUGCGGUCGUCGUCGUCUCUCUCUCAUCAUGUUCUCACUGCGUACAACUCUCCGUCCCCCCCGCGCCCACAUUCCGCGUGCACUCCCCGUGUCCAUUUACCGCGUGCACUCCCCGCGUCCAUUUUCCGCGCGCAUUCCCCGCGUCCAUUUCCCGCGCGCAUUUCUCGCGUCCGCUCCGCGCGCUUGCCUUCCCGCGCCGUCCGUUCCAUCAGCGGAAGCUCUUCUCCGCGUGCGCGCGACGCUUCAGCUGUCGCAGGAGUCCGCACUGCCGUCGUGGACCGAUGCGACGAGUCCGUGCGACGGCGGGUGGGAGGCGGACGUUAGAUGCGACCCUGACACCAACCAAGUCGUCCACCUUGACAUAUCCAGCUUGCAGCUUUCGGGGCCCAUCCCAGGCACGGAUCUCGCGCAACUCUCCUACCUCACUUACCUGGCGUUGGAUGGCAACACCUUCUCGGGCUCUCUGCCAGCAGACCUCUCCAGGCUGUCAGCCCUGAAGCACCUGUCGCUGGAAGGCAACGCAGUGGAGGGGCCCAUUCCAGGCGACGUGCUCAACUCCCUCACCGCGCUCACCCUGCUCAACCUGAAGACGAACAACUUUUCGGGCCAGCUGCCGGAGUCGCUCGGGGCACUCACUAACCUGGUUGCACUCAACCUGGGAGCCAAUCAGCUGACAGGAGAGAUCCCAGCAAGUUACUCCGCCCUCUCGCAAAUUGUGUACUUCAAGGCGUCGCGCAACAAGCUGGACGGCGCCCUUCCCGACUGGUUCGGCUCGUGGCCUCGACUCAUGGACCUAGAGCUAUUCAAGAAUGGCUUCACGGGCUCCAUUCCCGACUCUCUCGGCAACGUGCAAUCUCUGGUCGCCCUGUCACUGGACGAGAAUGCACUGUCUGGCUCGCUGCCCGCAUCACUGGGAUUGCUGCCACGCCUUGAAGCCCUCUAUGUGGUGUCCAACAAUCUGGAAGGGCCCAUCCCGGAGUCCUUCAGGGGCAUGCAGAGCAUCAAGUACAUCGAUCUGAGCUUCAACCUGCAGCUAUCAGGCCCUCUCCCGGACUUCUUUGGCGCCAUGCCUUCGCUUGAGUCCAUUGCCCUUGAGUCAUGCGGCUUCACCGGCCCCAUCCCACCCUCCCUCGCAUCUCUCCCCAACCUGAGAGAGCUUUUCCUCGACCACAACGCGCUGCACGGCGCCCUGCCGCCCUCCCUGGCCACACUCUCCGCACUCACAGCGCUCUACCUCAACAGCAACCAGCUCUCGGGAGCGAUUCCCGAGGACCUGUGUGGGCUGGGGUCGCUGGGGGUGGUCAUGCUGGGACAUAACGACCUGGAGGGGGCCAUUCCCGCAUGCCUGCUUGCGCUGCCCAACAUCACCACGCUGUGA